GUUUUUUCGUGCCGCUACUUGGAAUAACAAAAACAUAUAUAAUGUCGACACUGUGUGAAUCAGGCUACAAACUGGCCAAAGAAGCCAAGCGUACAGCAGACUUGCUCGUAUCCCCUUACAAUGAAGACCUUGUCCAUCGUAUCUGUCGUGAAGUACGUCUGCUCCAAGCAAAAGCCGAAUCGGUCUUACGAAGCAUGCGCGAGAAUCCAGCAACACAAGGUCAACCAAGUCAAUUGACACAGGUCAUGAUGCAUCAUGCUGCUAUCAAACGUAACAAACGCAUUCUUUUUGCAUACCAUCGUCAGCGACUUGAAAAGUUGAAAGAGCUCUCCUGGGAUGUCGGACGCCAGAGUGAUUUUCAACGAGAAAUCAAGACCUCAUUAGGUCCAACAGAACACAAGUUCAUGGAAGAGUACGGCGAAAUGGUGAGCGCCUAUAAACAGAGUUUUCUUGAAAUCGACCUUGGUGGCAACGGCGGUGUGGGUUUGGACCCUCCCAUGGAUCUAUUUAUUGAAGUACGCGUGGUACGCGACGUGGGUGAGAUCAAUACCGAAUACGGCACGUUGAACCUUGUCAAGGGAAGUCAGUAUUACGUUCGACAGACCGACGUCGAAUCGCUGAUCAAGGCCGGAUAUCUCAAGCACGUUGCAUAAUCUUACACUUUUACUUUGUUUCUCUCAUCUAUUUGUAUAUAUCUGUAGUCUCCACCUGUGAUACCGUUUGCCAUCGCAUGACCUCUUUAUUGAU